AGGCCCCAAAGCCAAGAGUAGAGACUACAGAUAAGUGAAAGGAAAGGUAGAAGAAGGCCAUGGGGGAUCUGUUUGGAUGGCUACUGGUCUUCACCCUUCUUAUUUCUCUACUCGCCAUUCUUAGUUACCAGCUGCAGCUCAUGUGCUUGACGGACCUUGAAGUCGACUACAUUAACCCAUAUGAUUCAGCAGCUCAGAUAAACAUGCUAGUUUUGCCAGAGUUUGCUACUCAAGGAAUCUUAUGCAUCAUAUAUCUUAUAACAGGCCAUUGGUUUAUGUUUCUCUUGUCCCUCCCAUACCUGCACUACAAUGUGGGACUGUAUAGGAGGAGACAACACUUAGUGGAUGUAACUGAGAUCUACAGCCAGCUGAAUGGAGAAAAGAAGCAACGGCUUUUUAAGCUUUGCUAUCUCAUAAUCCUCUUAGUCUUAUGUAUAUUCUGGUUACUUUGGACGGUCGGAGAACCUCAUGAUUAGUCAGACAGUAGGUCUCCGAUCAAGUUUGCCCUCAUUCCAGGUUUUUCUUCUGGGUGUACUGAGAUGCAAACUUCUGGGGAUCGGAUUGGGAAUUUUGCGGAAGUAAUCAAAGAGUAUGACAACACUUUCUGCAUGGUUGUAUGGCAGCUAGUUUUUCUCCGUGCAGUUCUUUUUUGUGUUCAUAAAUCAUAGAUUUACCAUGCACUCUUUGAUACGAAAGUAGUCUAGUUGUUCUUUCUAA